AGUUUAGGAUUUUACUAUUUGAUGAUUGUAAAUUGCUUUACACAAUUCAGUCUGUCUAUAUGACUGCAAUACAUUUACUACUACAGGGCACAAAGCAGAACAUUUGAUAAGAGGACCGGAAUCGUUUUAGCUCCCGUGUUCACAUCGGACAACGAACAAUGUAACGUACUUCCGGUGCUUGUUUGGCUGGCAAUUUGAAAUGUGUACAAUGUAAAAUCGUGUUGUUUUCGUAGAUUUAAUGGCAAUCUUAUUAAAUGACACGUUCCAAAUCACUACGGCAACAUUCCUAUAGUGACAUACGAGUUUAACGUCACUUUCUAGUCUCUAUACUAUGUUUAAAAGGAUGGCUGAAUUUGGACCAGAUUCCGGGGGUAGAGUGAAGUCUAUGGAAGCGUGUCAGUGAAGUGCUUGUCGUGAAGACACGGUUGGAAAGGCAGGCAACAAACCGCAUCACUUCUUACUAUCUUUGCUAGCCGGUUCACCAUAUUAUCAUCAUUGAUCUACAUGAUGUUGCAGAAAACACCAUUUGUCUGUUAUCCACAGGGUGUUACGAUCGUCAAACCCAUCGUAUUCGGAAACGUUGCUCGGUAUUUUGGAAAGAAGCGAGAGGAGGAUGGACACACUCACCAAUGGUCUGUGUACGUGAAACCAUACAGAAACGAGGAUAUGUCUGCAUAUGUGAAGAAAAUACAGUUCAAGCUACAUGAAAGUUAUGUGAAUCCACUCAGAGUCGUGACGAAGCCUCCGUACGAGAUCACAGAGACGGGCUGGGGAGAGUUUGAGAUCAUCAUCAAGAUAUUUUUCAUCGACCCCAAUGAGAGGCCGGUGACUCUCUACCACCUACUGAAGCUCUUCCAGUCUGACUCCAGUGCCAUGCCCAAGAAGACUGUGGUCUCUGAAUUCUAUGAUGAAAUGAUCUUCCAGGACCCCACAGCCAUGAUGCAACAGCUCCUUAGCACCUCUAGACAACUGACCCUGGGGGCCUAUAAGCACGAGACUGAGUUUGCGGAGCUGGAGCUGCGGACGCGGGAGAAGCUGGAAGCAGCGAAGAAGAAGACCAGUCAGGAGAUCACAGACCUGAAGGAUAGACUGAAGGCCAGCAGAGAGACCAUCAACUUCCUGAAGGGAGAGAUACGCAAACUGGAGGAGGAGGACCAGAUCAAAGACCACUGAUACACACACACACACACUGGGUGAAUCUCAAUUGUAUUUUCUUGAUUCCUCAUACCCUCUCUCCUUGCAUCCUUCUCAAAACUCAUUGGAACACAAGAUAUGAGGUUCCUUGUCUUGGAUCUUCUCUUCCUAUGCGUUUUGAGAAGGAGAUGAGAGAGGACGCAAUGAAUCAUGGAUAUACAAUUGAGACACACCCUAAAUUCCAAAUCAACCUAUAGGCCAUCUUCCCGAGGCACCCCUGUAGAUCUGAUGGGUUUGGAUAGGUGGAUGCAAUAUGGUGCUUGUGACUCACCUUGUCUUCUGAUUUCUGAUAGGCUGGAUGGAGUUUACGCCUUUUGUCUUCCACCUAUCCAACCCCUUCAGAGCAAAGGGAGGUGCCAGGGAGGAGGGGCUAGGGAUGGAUUUGGAAAUUGCCCUAGUCUGGAAUCAACACAGAAUAUCACUCCAUUUUACGAUUGUUUAAUUCCAUAAUAUAAUAUCUGUCAUUUCUCAGAUGCUUUCAUCCAAAGUGACUAUUCGUCGUAUGGGUGGGUCCCUGGAAUGGACUCCACUAUCCUGCCAGUACUGUCACCAUGCUCAUCCUGCCAGUACUGUCACCAUGCUCAUCCUACCAGUACUGUCACCAUGCUCAUCCUACCAGUACUGUCACCAUGCUCAUCCUGCCAGUACUGUCACCAUGCUCAUCCUGCCAGUACUGUCACCAUGCUCAUCCUGCCAGUACUGUCACCAUGCUCAUCCUGCCAGUACUGUCACCAUGCUCAUCCUGCCAGUACUGUCACCAUGCUCAUCCUGCCAGUACUGUCACCAUGCUCAUCCUGCCACAGGACCUCACAUCAUUAUGGAUGAUUGCACUGACAAUAGAGACAUGUAGAGGUAUUCAGAUUGAAUUCCAGACUUAACACUGCCUAGCAGAAUGGUUUUAUAUGAUCAUGUACAUAAUAAACAAGAAAAGUGAAGAUAAUCCA